AUGCUACACUUGCUUUUCCUCUGCUACAGUAAGGUAUCCAUCUGGAAAGCUAUCAUCUUUGAAUUCCUGUGGCCAACCGUUUCGAUUGGUGAUGUUAUCCAAGCCUGUUCCUCUCUUGACUUUGAAAACAUCAAAUAUGUCUCCAAAUCGUACACCACUGCUCACAUGGUCGCACUAGCAACACUUGGCAACAUUUGGCGAGCUCAAGUUCGUAUGAUCUUUCACUCGACUCCAUUUAUAUGGAUCGAUGUGGUCCAGCAGAUCAAGAACGAGCUCCUUCAACUACAUGCCCAAACUGAAAUUCACAAGCAAUUGUAA